AUGCAUCCUCCCACUUUCGAUGGUCGGGGAGACGCAACCUUAGCAGAAGACUUGAUCCAAGAUAUUGAGGAGAUACUCCGUGUUAUAAAUUGCACGGACAAACAGAAGGUUCUAUACUCUGCUUUCAAACUAACGGGAGAAGCAAAAAGAUGGUGGAUUUCUGAAAGAACCAUCAGAGAAGCGGAAGGGACGGAAAUAGUCCAUUGGGUGCACUUCAAGCAAAUCUUUCUGGAAUGCUUUUUCCGAACCUCAGUCCGAGAUGACAAGGCUAUGGAGUUCGCUAACUUGGAGAAGAAGGCUCGUAAGUUUGAACAAGGGUUGAAUGAAAAGAUUUAUAAACGAAUUGUGGGCUUUCAAAUCUGGAACUUUUCAGAGUUGGUGAAUAAGGCCACAGUCUUUGAGCGGAGUCUUCAAAGAGGCGCAACACUACUAGAACAGAGGAAGAGGACUGCGCCACAUGGGUCUCAAUCUGUGAUGGAUCAAGGGUCGUGGAAAAAGAGAAAUGGUGGGAGCAGCUCGGGGCAAAAGCAAAUGCAUGGAAAUCAAUCGAACAGCCUUUGUAAGUUUUGUAAUCGUGCAUAUAUUGGAGAGUGCAGAAGGGAAAUGGGGGCGUGUUUUCGAUGCGGUAAGAACGGACAUCUUAUCAGGGAAUGCCCUUUGCUGCUGACAGACAACAAGAAGCCUAACCCACAUCCAGUUUCCCAACAAGCGAAUCAGGGAAAUAAUCAAUGUAGAAUGGGACUGGCCCGAGUGUUCGCACUGACAUCUGAAGAUGCUGAGAACGACAACAAUGAGAUCACAGGUACCUCACUCUAUUUCUCCUUGAAAUCCUUUUAUUUGAGUUGA